AGCGAGCGAAAGCUCGUGCACACGUCUUCUAAAGCUCGGCGCCAUCCGAUUGGCACACGGUUCCGCGCCUUCGCCAAAAAUGUGGCAUCGUAUCAACUGUUGAUUUUUUCACAAAAUCUACCAGUAUGUGAAAGAAAACUACCAAGAUUCAAUUCGUUUCCAAUCCGAUUUUGAACGAUAUUUCACGGAGAUACAACAAACAGGAUGAAACUGGGCAAUAUGUGGUCUGCAGAUCGGCAGACGUUGAAACGAGAUGGUCUCGUCCUUUUUAGUAAACUUAUCAGAACCAAAAAUGUCGAAAACUUCCAAGAACAAACAAAACCGCACAUGGCAGACGAUAGAAAACAAAAAUUAUCGAAAUGUUUGACGACGCUGGACUUGACAUCUUUGGGUGUUGGGAGUUGUGUUGGUACCGGAAUGUAUUUAGUGGCGGGAAUGGUUGCUCGAAGAGUUGCCGGACCCGGUGUUGUGAUUAGCUUUAUUAUUGCUGCUAUAGCUAGUAUAUUUUCAGGUGCUUGUUACGCAGAAUUCGGUGUUAGAGUACCACACACAACCGGAUCUGCAUAUAUGUAUUCCUAUGUAACCGUUGGUGAAUUUGUAGCCUUUGUAAUAGGUUGGAACAUGAUUUUGGAAUAUCUAAUAGGAACGAGUGCGUGUGCGUGUGCUCUUAGCGCGUGUUUUGAUGCGUUAGCAAAUGGUGCUAUAACAACAGCGGUAGCUGGAAGUGUAGGAAGAAUUUUUGGAGAAAAUCCACCUGAUUUUCUAGCAUUUGUUAUUACAUUAUUAAUGAUGCUACUUUUGGUAGCUGGAGUAAAAAAGUCUUUAAUUUUCAACAAUAUUUUAAACGCUGUAAACUUGGCCGUUUGGGUUUUUGUUAUGACGGCUGGUUUAUUUUACGUAGACAGUGAUAAUUGGUCGAAGCACAAAGGAUUUCUUCCUUACGGAUGGUCGGGGGUAUUUACUGGUGCCGCAACUUGUUUUUACGCCUUUAUUGGUUUCGAUAUCAUAGCCACAACUGGAGAAGAAGCAAAUAAUCCAAAAAAAUCUAUACCACUCGCUAUAGUAUCCAGUUUAGUCAUUAUUUUAACCGCAUAUGUAACUAGUUCAAUGAUACUAACAUUAAUCGUUCCUUAUAAUAAAGUAGACGAAGAUUCAGCACUUGUGGAAAUGUUUGGACAAGUUGGUGCUUACAAAUGUAAAUACAUAGUUGCCGUUGGUGCUUUAGCUGGUUUAACAGUUAGUAUGUUCGGUUCUAUGUUUCCUAUGCCACGUAUUGUUUAUGCAAUGGCAUCAGACGGGCUUAUUUUCAAAAUAUUUUCUCAAGUUUGGCCAAGUACGGGAACACCAGCUUUAGCGACAUUUGUUAGCGGUUUAUCAGCAGCGUUAGCAGCUCUUGUAAUAAAAUUAGACAUCUUGGUUGAAAUGAUGUCCAUAGGAACUCUUUUAGCGUACACCUUAGUGUCUACUUGCGUUUUAAUAUUACGAUAUCAACCCCACUCGACAAAUCUAGUCGAGUUAUUACCUCAAAGUUUACGAACACCAUUACGAGGAUCGCCGACACGAGAAGGUUUAGAAAGAGGCACAAAUUUAUACGGAAACCAACUUCCACAUCCGGAUGCUUUAAAAAAUGCUUUGGAUGCAACUUUAGGACCGUCUGGUGUACCAUCGCCGUCUCCGAUUCCUUCUCAACCAACACAAAGGGUCAUGGUGAGAAGAAUUACGAGAAGAAGGAGCUGUGUCCCUCGAGACACCUCGAAUACACAACUAAACACGAACACUAGUUCCCCAGAUAGCGAUGAAACAUUUCCUGGAGAUGAACAAGAGGAAGAUUUUUCUAUGCGCGAUGAUCAAUUUUUAGUUUCUGAUAGAAUGGAAAAUAAAUUUUAUGGUACUGUUCAUGGUGGAGGUGCUAGUGCUGCUAGUACUGGUGGUGUUGUUGGUGCCACAGUUGGGCCAAGUCUUGGAUACAUUGGACGUAGAUUACAAGCUGCAACUUAUUUAUGUCCAGCGAUUUUUCCGUGGGUCGAUACAGGUCCGGCAACUGAAGAAUCCGGAAUGUUCGUUAUGAAAAUGGUUGGAAUUCUUUACUUGCUAAUUUUUAUAUUCGAUUUGAUCAUCGUUUGUGGGAUGCAUAACAUGACCGGAGCGACAACUUUCUUCAUGUUCCUCUUUUUAAUACUAAUCAUAGCUGUUUUAAUGGCGAUUUCAAGAAAGCCUCAAAAUAGAAACACAUUAAUGUUUAUGACUCCGGGGUUACCGUUUGUACCAGCAAUAGCCAUAACCGUUAACAUCUACUUGAUUUUAAAACUUUCUGUUUUAACAUUAGUCCGAUUUACAAUUUGGAUGACUCUCGGGUUUAUAAUGUAUUUCUAUUACGGAAUCAAGAACAGUACAUUACAAGACGGCGAUUCAGAUCAAAAUAUCGAAUUAACAGUCACGGAUAUUGAGAAACCGAAAUAUACGGAACCCGAUCAAAACAUUUACAGUCAAAAUCAAAUGAAUUAUCAAUGGGAUCCGAACACGGCGUGGAGCCAAGAUGUGAACGAUAGUUGGACUUCAUCUCCGGCUGCCCCAAAUCAAUGGACAGGUCAAUAUUUUAGCGAAUCCCAAACAAACGUGAAACCGGUUGUUAAAAAUGCAACUCCAAUGCAUCCUAAACAAUCUGUAAGACCUCCACCUCCACCCCCGAAACCUCCCUCACGACUUCCACCUCCCGCUCCAAGUCCCGUAGGACGGACCGCGCCUCCCGAUCGUGGUAAAACUACCGCUUCCGGAUUAUUUGUUAACGAGACCGCAUUCCCCACGUGGGACGAUUAAUCGUAGGCGAAAACCAAAGAAAAUUAUACCCACGUGUUGUUAUCGUUCAAUACGAACGCACCAUAUCGAAUAUUUAAGAAUAAAAAAAAAUAACUUAAGAGAUUGUUAUCCAUAUAAUACUAUAAAUAUUAUUAAUACUGUAUAGUUAUUCUAUUCUGAAUUUUUUAAUUUUUUAUUAAUACAGUAAA